ACCAUUCAACAGUGUGGGAAGCAACAUCAGUAGGUUAAAAACACAGAUAUGGGAACAAAAAUAAUCUACUUCACUGUGAAUGGAAGACCAGAGCAGGCAGAGUAUCCAGUUGAUUGCCCUGCCCAGGAUGUCAAAGAUUUGUUCCGCUCGGCAGCUGAAGCAGGACCCCAUGAUAUUCUGAAGCUGUACAACCCUCAGGGAAGCAUCAUCAACAUCUCUCCACACCUGGAACCCAACACUCCUAACUCUUGCUAUAAGCUAGAGGUGGUGGCUGCUGAUUGCAACAGUGUGGAGCUUGCUGUGGCAUUGGGUUUUGACCUCACUUCCAUGGAGAAAAGAUUGCAGGGCUUGGAGAAGAAGAUCCUGAUAGAGGCUGUUGAGACUCCUGCAAUUGUGUAUGAGAUGAAGAGACAGGUGGAGUCAUUCCGGGAAAAACUUGAAAGUGUGGAACAUCUGAGCUGGCUGGGCCUAUUUAAAGAGUUGUCUGAAGGAACAAACAAACCCUCUCCUUUCUACCACAAGAAAACACUGCGUAAGACCAGAGAGGAAUGUGAGCAUGUACGGGAAAAGUUUCUGCAGAUGAGUACCCUUGAGAUAUCGGAGGAAGUGAGACAGUAUCUUAAGACUCCGACCUUUGACAACUGGCAGUGGGAGGAUGCAGAGAUCAUGGUUCUACUACAGGUCAUGUACACCGACCUGGACUUCAUUGCAACCUUUAACAUUGAACCUGAAGUGCUGCAACAGUUCCUUUAUGAGGUGUACAAACGGUACAACAACAUCCCCUUCCACAACUUCAGACACUGCUUCUGUGUCACACAGAUGAUGUAUGGGCUGAUUUGGUUGACAGACCUGAAAAGUAAAAUUGACAGCAUUGAUCUUCUGACCCUGCUGACCUCUGCAGUCUGUCACGACCUUGACCACACAGGGUAUAACAAUGCCUACCAGAUAAAUGCUCGUACUGAACUGGCCCUGCGUUAUAAUGACAUCUCGCCCCUAGAGAACCACCACUGUGCAGUUGCUUUUGACAUCCUGGAGAAGAAUGAAAAUAACAUUUUCCGAAAUCUGACGGGUGACCAGUAUAAACGGAUAAGAGAGGGCAUCAUCAAAUGCAUCUUGGCCACUGACAUGACGAGGCAUAACGAGAUCCUGAACAGGUUCAAGUCCAUCCUUCCUGUCUUCGACUUCAGCAACAAGGAUCACAAAGACGUGUUAAUGAUGAUCAUGAUCAAAGUAAGUGACAUUUCCAAUGAGGCGCGGCCCAUGGACGUGGCCGAGCCCUGGUUGGAUUGCCUCCUGCAGGAGUUCUACAACCAGAGUGACAUGGAGAAGCUGGAAGGUCUUCCUGUCACUCCGUUCAUGGAUAGGGACAAGGUAACCAAACCAUCCUCACAGACAGGCUUCAUCGGCUUUGUCCUCUUACCCCUGUUCAUCGAGUUGGCCAACCUUUUCCCCUGCCUGGAGCAGCACAUCAUAGACCCAGUGAGGAAGGCCCUGGACUACUACACAGAGAUGGAGAAAGCCCUUGACAGAGAGAAGGUGAACCGAGCACAGAGUGACAAGGCAGGAACAACUAAGAACAAGGACACACCAUAAUAGAACCAACAAAACACGACAGAUCAUUCAUUGGAGACAGGGGAUGCCUGAAAACCAGACACACUGUGAGGGUCUGUGAUUAGAUGUAACCAACUGAACAAUGGAAUUGGUGUAACAUAAUUGUCACUUUUUAUAGUGCUGAGUCAAGUGUGAACGUAAUUCAGUUUGUGUAUUUUAUGCUAAGUAAAUGUUUUUUCAGUGCACAUAUUGUGUAUAUUAAAAAGAUUUUUUUUUUUUUCUUCAACAAGAAAAUAUUGUAACAAGAAUCAGAGGCAGGAAUGUUUUUUUAUGGGCAGGUUUACUGCUAUGCAUGCAUAAGCAGCAUUUAUUGUGAAAAGUGUGCGUAAAGCUGAGUGGAUGUCUUUGAUGAAAAUGUGGAUUAUAGUUGCCAUCUAGUGGACAUUCAUAUUUUUCAUAUUGAUAAAAUGUGUUGU